AUGAACCUUGGCUGUACAGAAGCACCGUUUGAUGCAUUGCUGAAAAAAUGUGGCAUCCUUCGCCGACAAGUACCAGUAAGUUGUAACACAAUUCUAAGAAAUUAACACUUUUCGUAUUCCACUUUUUUAAAAACAACGUCCGCUUCAGAAUCGAACAUCGGUCAGACAAAAUUUCAAAAAAUUUUAAAACGUAUUUUUUGUUAAGUUUUCAUAGCGGCUUUUUUUCGAAAUUUUUUAAAAAUUUUCAUGAUGUUUUUGCAAAUUUUAAUUUUUUUAAAUUUCUUCCAAACAUAAUAAAAAAGUUUUCAACAGAUAAAAUGAUUGCCUUAAAGCGACAAAAAAAAUUAAAAAGACUCAUUCCAUUUUGAAAUUUACAAGGAAAGUCCCGACCUGCGCCGCUCUGAUUGACUGCAAACUUUUUGCAUAGGAAGAUCAUGUAAAUAUAUAAUAAAACUCAAAAAAGUACCAAACCGCGCUUUCCAGCCAAUCUUGAGAAAAUUGAAAUCACAAAAUUAAGUUUUGAAUUUCCCCGCCAAAGUGGCGUUGUGUUUCAAGCUUAAAACUUUGCCAUUUACAGAGCCCAGUUUUCAAGCACGGCCCGAUCAUAGGGCCGGGCCUAGACGGCCCAUUUCUCACACCUAGCUCUUUUAAAACAAAAAAAAUUUAUCAAAAAAACUAAUCUUCUUAUAUUUUACAGGUUGCUGAACUCAAAAAGUGGGACAAGCAAUGUGUGCGGUACUGCUUUAAGUACAAAGCGGUUUGUAUAAAACUUCGUGAUCGGCUGCCGCAAAGAAAAGAUGGCAACACCAAACAGAAGAAGAUUCGCGGUUUACUGAACAUGCUGUUGGCCAUUCCGGAGGAUGCCUACUUAACACCUUACAAUUUUUAUGCUGCGUUGGGAUUUCUCUACUUCAAGGAACAGUUCGAACCGCUGCCGGCUGUCCAAUUUUACAGCUUAUACGAGAUUAGACUUGAAAAAGGUCCGGUCCUAGCGUUGUCUGACCGGCCCGGACCGAUUUCAGUUUGA